AUGUGGCCACCACCACCUCCAGCAGCACCACCGCCAGCAGCACCACAGCAGCAGCACACGCCUGCUGCAGUUCGGAAUCGUGGCGGCACCAGUCCUGCGUCCACUACAAUGAUAAAGGUGGUCGUGUUGAUGGCCGCUGUGGCUGUGGUUGCAGUGGCAGCGAUGCUGCCUGCUGCGUGCAGUGGCCUUGGAUCAGAGGCCACGCAGCCGGAGCAGGUGCACAUUGCACUGGCAGGCCUCGAUGCAAAGGGCAACCCAAAUGGCAUGGCUGUGUCGUGGCAGACGCACACGCGCACGGCCACGUCCGUGGUCCGAUAUGGCCUCAACAGCACGGCGCUGACCAUGCACGCCACGGGCAACUGCUCCUCCUACUACGCCACCUUCGACCACCACGUCGUGCUGCACAACCUGCUGCCCAAGACCCGCUACUACUACCAGGUCGGCGACGCCACUGGCGGCUGGAGCAAGGUGUUCUCGUUUGUGAGCGCCCCGCUCUCGUCCCGCGACAUGCCCAUCAACUUUGCCGUGUGGGGCGACCUCGGCGUCGUCAACGGCGACUCCACGCUGGCCUUCCUCAACAACAUCAAGGACAACAUCGACCUCAUGUGGCACGCGGGCGACAUUGCAUACGCCGACGACACGUUCAUCCACCUCACGUGCGCCACCAAGUUCUGCUACGAGGACAUCUGGAACGAGUACAUGAACCUAAUGCAGCCACUCGCCUCUGGCAUGCCAUACAUGACCACCCCGGGCAACCACGAGGCCGAGUGCCACAGCCCGGCGUGCCUGCUGUCCUCGGAGCGGCGGGAGGCCCUGCGCAACUUCACCGCCUACAACCACCGCUUCCGCAUGCCCAGCCCGGAGAGCGGCGGCGUCCUCAACAUGUGGCACUCGUUCAACUACGGGCCCGUGCACUUUGUCUCGCUCGACACGGAGACCGCGUUCCCGCUCGCCCCUGAGGAGCACAUGUACGUGCUGCCGUGCGGCGGGUUUGGCGACAUGCUCACGUGGCUGGAGCAGGACCUGAUUGAGGCGAACAAGCACCGCGACGAGCGGCCGUGGAUCCUGGCGGCGUCGCACCACCCAAUGUACUUUGGCGGGAACAUCAACGAGCCCUUCCAGAAGGCCAUCGAGGACCUCUUCCACAAGUACAACGUGGACAUGUACUUUGCCGGGCACAAGCACUCGUACGAGCGCGACUACCCCGUGUACAAGGGCGUGCCGCAGCCCACGUACUACAACCCCAACUCGACCGUGUACAUCACCGUUGGCGGCGCAGGCAACGACGAGAUGGAGGGCGACCAGGUGGAGCGCAACAACCAGAACGACGUCAUCACGCGCGCAGACGAGUCGGAUAUGUGGCAGAGCAACCCGAACGAGGGCGUGGCGGUGAAGAAGGACAACGGGUACUACGGUAUCGGCGUUGUGCACGUGCUCAACUCCACUGCGCUGCACUUUGAAUACUACCGCACCACCCUGCAGGAGAAGUACGACGAGGUGUACCUCUUCAAGAACCACUGA